AAUAUAUAUAAUUUUUUGUUCUUAGAAUGAAUUAAAUCUAAAUGAAGAAAAGAAGGCUCCGUUAAGAAACAAAUCUAUUGAGGAGAAGAAAAAGAUGCUUGAUAUUCAAGAUGAAAAGAAAAAAAUGCUUGAAAAUCAAGCAAAGAGUAGUAAACAAAAUGUCCUCAGAACACCAGAACAUUUUAUCGCAUCUCUUCAAGAUCCCAGUCUUAAAGGGGAAAAACGAUUAAAAGUUUUAGAAUCUGCACGAGUGUCUUUAUCAAGCAAUCCAGUCAGUUGGGCUAUAGAAUUUGGUUCAAAUGGUCUAAAUGAAAUCCUUCGAAAUCUUACUUAUUGUUGUGACCUCAAACAGGAGCGAAGGAGUACAUAUGAAUGUGUGAGAUGCUUGAAAGUUUUUAUGAAUAAUCAGGUUGGUUUGCUCAAAUUCAUCAACCAUGAAGAAGCCUUAACAAUUUUAGCAAGAACUAUAGAUCCUUCUGAUGCAACUACAAUGUUAGAAGCUGUUAGGCUUAUAGCUGCCAUUUGCUUGGUAACACCAUCAGGUCAUGAUAAAGCUUUAGAAGGAAUUACCUCAUGUGCUGAAAUACGAUCACAGCCUAGAUUCCAGCCUAUUAUCAAGGGGCUUGAAAUGACAGACAACUUACCAAUGCAGGUUGCUUGUAUUCAGUUAGUCAAUGCCAUUGUGUCUACACCUGAUGAUUUAGAAUUCAGAAUACAUCUUAGAAAUGAAUUUAUAAGAACUGGUCUCAAUAACAUCUUAGAGAAAUUUGAUAAACCACAAGAAUUUGAAGAUUUGAAAACUCAAUUGCAUGUUUUCCAUACACAAGCAGAUGAAGAUUCUGAGGAUUUUUUCCAAAGAUAUGAAAACAUCAAAAUUGAAUUAUCGAGUAUUGAAGACUGCUAUGGUUUACUAAUGAAUAGUAUCAACAAUACCCCCAGCUCAACCUACUUUUUAUCAAUCCUGCAACAUUUUUUAUUGAUCAGAGAAGAAUCGUAUGUUAAACUUGAAUAUUUUAAAUUAAUUGAAGAAUGUGUGAGUCAGAUUAUUUUGCACAAACAUGGUAUGGAUCCAGAUUUCAGUUACACAAAGCGAUUUGAACUGGAUAUUGAAGACUUGUUAGAGCAAAUAUCAAAUGAUAAAGUUGGUGAAGAUAAUGCAAAAAUUGAAGAAAUGAAUAACAUGCUCGAGUUAGAACUGACUGCCAGGCAAGAAGCAGAGGCCAAGUUCUUAACGCUACAAGAUAAAAUGAAAAAAUUAGAAACUGAGAAUAGCCAAAUGAAGGAAAAGAUUAAUUCAGGAAUUGGUGCUAUGAUUAACAAAACUAUUGGUGGGUCUGAUGGAAAUAUUCCUAAUUCUGGUGGUGUCCCACGUGCACCUCCCUUACCUGGUAGUUCUACAGUCCCUCCUCCACCUCCACUACCCAACAUGGGUGGACGUGUUCCACUUCCACCACCAUUACCUGGUGGUGCUCCAAGAGCUCCUCCCUUACCUGGCAGCAUACCUAUACCUCCACCUCCACCUGGUGUGCCCAGAGCACCACCUCCACCUGGUGUGCCCAGGGCACCACCUCCACCUGGAGUGCCCAGAGCACCAUUUCCUCCUGGAUUUCCUGCACCAGGUAUGAAGAAAGAUAAAACAUUACCAAGGCGGAAGAAAUACAAUGUUGAUGUGAAGAUAAAAAGAAUCAACUGGACACAAGUAAAUAUGAAGAACUUUCAUGAAAACUCAUUUUGGGCACAUAUCAAUGAAGAGAAAUUUGCUAAUGACAGACUCAUAGAUGAAAUCAGAAACAGAUUCAGUAUGAAGACCCAGGAAUCUUGUCCAUGGGGAACAGAGAAAACAACUGUCAAAGAAAAGCCUAUGAAGAAAACAAAAGAAUUAAAAGUUUUGGAUAUAAAAUCAGCACAAAAUUUAUCUAUAUUAUUAGGUUCUGUGAAACUACCUUAUGAAGAAAUCAAGAGGUGUAUACUACAGGUUGACUUGGAAAAUCUUUCUCAACAUAUACUUGAACAACUUCUGAAUUAUCUACCACCACAAGAUGCUAUAAAUCAACUGGGUACCAUGAAAGAUAACUAUAAUGAACUAGCUGAAUCAGAACAAUUUAUGGUUGUGAUAUCAGAUAUCAAAUCUGUAAAUCAAAGAGUAUCAUCACUAUUAUUUCGAGUGAAAUAUGAAGAAAUCAUAAAUGACAUCAAGCCUAGUAUUGUAGCCAUAACACAAGCAUUUGACCAAGUUAGAAGCAGUGCAAAGUUUUCCAGUAUAAUGACAUUGAUAUUAAGUAUUGGCAACUAUAUGAAUACUGGGUCUAGAAAUGCUGAAUCAAUAGGUUUUGAAAUAUCUUACCUCAAUAAGUUGAAAGAUACUAAAACACAAGAUGGAUCCAUGACAUUGUUACAUUUUAUUGCACAAAUUAUACAAGAUGAUUAUCCAGAAUUAGAAAAGUUUGGAGAUGAUCUCACAUAUAUAGAGAAGGCAUCGAAAUCUUCUGAUGAACAAUUACAAAAGAACUUGAAAGCCUUUAAAAAGAAUUUGAACCAACUGGAAAUAGAUUUAAAAAAUGCUGCUAAUUCAAAGCUUCAAGGAGAUAAAUUUGUAGAAAAACUUGAACCGUUCCUGGAUGAUGCCAAAACUCAGUAUGAUGUAUUGAACACUAUGUAUAAACAGAUGGAUAUGAAAUACACAGAACUUGCAAAUUAUUUUACUUUUGAUAGGAAAAAAUAUUCAUCUGAAGAAUUUUUUCAUGACAUAAAGGAAUUUCAAAGUAGUUUUGAUCACGCUUUGAAGGAAAACAAGCAACAAAAAGAAACACUUGCAAACAUAGCACGAGCAAAAGAAGCUAAAGAAGCCCGAGAACGAGAACGAAAAGAAAAGUUACAACGGCAAAAGCAAUUUAUGGAUGUUAAUGCAGAUGAACCAAAUCAUGGAGUUGUUGAUAAUCUCUUGGAGGCACUAACAAGUGGUUCAGCUUUUAAUAUGAACCGAGAAAAGCGAGAAGGAAAACGGCGAGUUCCACGGCCAGGAGACAGACCAUCUUUACUUUCAAGAUCCAGGCGUCAGGGUCGUUGUUCAGCUAUGGUUACUAAGAUAACUGAUACUGAGGUGCUGAGAGACGGGCUCACAUAAGACCCCGCGGCUGUAUGACUCGAGAAACAAGUGGCACAUCAGUUUGUUGAUACCUGAAGCAAUAAAAGAAUGUUGCCAUUUUAUAUAUUCCCUUUCUUCUGAAUAAUGGAAACUGAUUAAAAAAACAAAAGAUAAUCAAGUCAUCCAAUGUAUAAAUAUACAUGUUAAUUUAAUCUUCUAAUUGUUCAUCUCAAAAGCAAAAGUUUUUAAAUGAAAUUAAUAAAUGUGAGGGAAUGCAGAGGAAAAAUUCAAUCAUUUUUAUGAUUAAGUUUUUUCUUGUAUUCCUUAAGAAUUUUUAGUUUUUUUUUUUUCAAUAACUCCACAAAGUCAUUCAUAAAACUCAAAAUAUAUAUUUAAUGUUUAUUUUUGGCUUAAGUUUCUCUAGACACGUGACAUAAUGUAAAGUUUCACAAAUCUCUGCUCAUGCCAAACUUUCAAAAUAUACUGAAAUGCAUGUGUAAUUUGUAUGUCUAUCUGUGUGUGUAAAAGAAAUAGGCAAAGAGAUAUGAAUAAUUAUGGAUGUUAAAAUUAUAAUUCAGACUUUCAUUAGUCAUUGCAUUUUGGAAAUAAAAAAAAUAGGGACCAAUAUGAGAUGUAUGAAUGAGUUCCUGUCACAAUCUAAAAUUCUCCUUUGCAAUAUUUUAACACAUUUUUCACUCUAUAAGCCAAAUUUGUGCACUACCACUGCACACUCUUAUGUGAAUAAAACUUUAAGCAGCCAAGGUCUAUAGCUUGUUCUGCUGCAACUUGUAAGUUUUAUUAUCAUUUAGUUAACGUCAUUAACAUUGAAAAUAGAUGUUGUUUUCAAAGGUUGUUGUUUUUGAUGCUCUUUAGUUCCAGGUCAGCAUUGAUGAAGCAAAUUGGCAAUCAAAAUUGUUCCAGAUAUAACUAGCCUAACUUUGUUUUCUACAGUUUUUUAAGUUCAUAAACUUUAGCCAUUCAUCUCAUAAACAACAAGGCAGUGUAGAGCAUAAUUUUCAGGGCAUUGCUUUUGACCAAAGAUGAACUUGCAUCAUCAUAUCUUUUUGGAAACCGUAACUAGCUUGUGGAAAAGUUGCAAGCUCUCUUAUGUAGAUACCAUUGAUAGAUUCAAAAUGUGAAGUGCAAGACUUCGGUAAGGUAAUGUAGGACUGUGAGCUCUGUCUAAACUAAGGUCACCAAAUACUUACAAUAUUUUUUUCAGACAGUGUUUCUAGAACUAUAUAUAUACUUCCUUCUUUGCAAUGGUAGAGUGUGAUGUGUGAGAGAUUUGACUGCUGUUUCUUAAAGGUUGGUGGCUCACUCUUCUAUGCUUAUGUAGAAAUUGCCUCAGUAGGUUGUAGAAGAUGACAUUGUUAGUAUAAUUAUUACAUUUUAGGAAUAACAGAGUAACUCAACCAAAAGAACUUUGUUCAAAGAGCAACAGCUUUUGCUGGUGUGAAAGAUAUAGUUACACAUACACACGCUCACAUAAAUAAAAGAUAUGCAUGCACACGCACACACACAUGGUUUGGACAAAAUAAUGGAAAUACUUUGUUGCAUAAAAUUUUUGAUAUUUAAUACAGAGUUGGUCCACCUUUAACAUUGAAUACAGAUUUGAUACAUUGAGGAAUUUACUCAUACAAUCUCUGAAUGGUUGUUAGUGCAAUUUUCAGCAAUGAUGGUGGAAGGAGUCGGCUCCUCAUUUUCUGCUCCAAAAUGCAUCAUAAAUGUUUUAUUAUAUUGAGAUCCAGUGAUUGUGGGAGCCAGUCCAAAUGGUCUACUUCAUGUAUGUGCUCAUUUUAAUUUUGGAUAACAUUAGUUUUUUGAAUCAACAUUUUGUCCUGGAAGAUUUCACUACUAUCAGGGAACAAAGUUUGUAGCAUAGAAUGAAAGUAAUCUGCCAAAAUACUCAGAUAAUCCUCAAUAUUAACUCUGUCAAGUAGAACAACUAAAAUGCCAAAAUAUAGCUGUUCAAAUCAUUACUACUACUUCUAUGCUUUAAAGAAGAGAACAAAUCCUCAGGGUUGAAAGUUCUUUGGGUUGUCUCCUAAAGUGGGGAAAAAGGGUGAAUGAUGAUUUAUCAGAGAGGACAUUAUUCCAUUGAACCAUUGACUACUUUUGAUAGUCUAGACACCAUUUUUACCAUUAUCAGUGUCAAUGAAAGACAAGAUAGGCUUAGCAAUUGCAGCCGUCCCAUAAUAUACAGCUUUAUGGAGCUCACAAUGAAUGGUUUUGGCUGACACAGGGUUGGCAAGAAGAUUUCUUUAGCUCUGCUGUCACUUUUGCUGCCAUAGUCCAAUGGUUUUUAGACAAUACAUUUCACUAUUUUGUAGUCCUUCUUUGUGAGCUUUGCCUUCUGUUCAGAAUUAUGAUUGCUAAAGCUGGUUUUACCUUGGAUUUGGAAUGCCAACAUGAUUCUAGAGAUUGUACUUCUCAAGACAAACGAUUCAGCACUCCAGAAAUUUGUCUUUGGAAAUCAUAUAAGUCAUUCACAUUAAUUUAUUCAAAUAUGAACAUUUGCAAAAAAAAGAAAAGAAGAAAAAAAUAAAUACUGCAUCUGAAUACAUAUAUGCAAACUGCAACAGUUUUGAAUUUUUCAUAUUGCCAAUAGAAAAAAAAUUGAUAAAUAAAAAGUGGUGUUUCCUUUAUUUUGUCCAAUCCUAUUUUGUGUGUAUGUGUCCAGCUCUGUCAGCAUGAUCUGCAGCUUAUCUAUGGUUUUGGCAAUGAGUACAAUGCCACCUGUCCAUUCAAUGUCUCUGAUAACCAUUUCUAAACAUGGUGAAGAGCUUUGGAGAGAUUUUAUUUUCUUCUUUGAUAUCCCAACUGAAAAACUCUUACUUGUCAUGGUAGCAGAGCUAUAUCAGUGGUGUAUCCAGAGUUCACAUCCUUGAACAUUGUAGUACAUUGACACCAAAUAGAGGUAGGAUGUAAUGAAAUUAAAGAAGUAAAGGAGUACAUAUACUUGGAACACAUUGUGAAUAUGUGCCUAGACAUGGAUGGUGUUUACUUCAAUAAAGGAGGUGCUCAAGGCUAAGCUAGAUAAGACCAUACAUGCCAAGCUCUUCAAUAGCUCUACAUCCAAUAUGUGCUCUAAUAUGCAAAUGCCUUCUGCUAUAGCCCUGGACUGUCCAAAGUCUUGUUAGUGAAUUUGGUAGAUAGAAAAUGAAAGAAGCCUGUUUUUAUGUGUGUAUCCAUAUCUUGACAUCACAUGAUUGUUGUAAAUGAAUGUCAUACAUUUCCAAUAUUGUGUGAAAGCAUUUAUAGCUAUAGGGAACUAUUACUUUGCUUGGAAACAGUAAAUGGCUGGUGACAGAGAGGGCAUGCAACCAUAGAAAAUGUGUCUCAUCCAAUUCCAUGUGAUCCCUGCAAGAGUGGAAAAGUGGGAAUUAAAAUGAUGAUAACGAUAUUCACAUGUCCAAACACGCACACAAAUAUAAAUAUAAUUGUGUGCAGAUGAAUUUGUGUGUGUGUGUAUAAACUUUUUUGUUCUCCAUUUUUCUCCUUUCAACCCUUUCUGUCAGUAGGCUCAAAAUGUCAAAGACUUUUCCAUUCUUCUCAAGCAUCAAACUAAUACACCUGCAUAUUGUUCUGUCAGUUGUUUUUGUCUUUUGUUUUCUGCAGAGUAGUUGAUGUUUGGAAGGGCAUCCAGCCAUAAAAACCCUGCCAAAACAGAUACAGUAGCCCAGGGUAGUUUUCUACCUGGCUGGCUCCUGUCAACCUUCCUCCCCAUGCAUGCAUGGAAAACAGAUGUUAAACGAUGUAUACACACACACACACUGAUUUGCUUAAGAGAAAUGAGAGAAGAAUAAAUCAGUAAAUGCUGCAGAGUAUAAAUGUUUCUCUUCUGAUCUUCAGGUGAAAUCUUUAUUGAAUAAAUAAUGGUAUAAUCAGCUAAAACUAAAAUGUUAUUUUGAAAAGCUGCAAUGCAAAACUUGAUAUAAACAUCUUGAAAACUCAGCUCUUUUUAUUAUUAUUUUAUUGUAACUAUGCUUUAUGUAUUAAGUGUCCUUGCUGUAUAUUAACAAGGAGAUAUCGUUUGUCUUUUACUUUUUUGAUUCAUUGGACUGUUGUCAUGCUGGGGCACAACCUUAACUCCAGCACUUAAUUUUUUAAGUCUGGUACUUUUUCUUUCAAUAUCUUUUUUGAACCACUAAGUUAUGGGGGCAUAAGCAAGUGAACAUUGGUUGUCAAGCAGUUGAUGGAGGCAAACAGACAUACAGUCACAUAUAUAUAACAACUUCCACACAGUUUCUAUCUACCAAGUUGACCCACACGGCAUUAGUCAACCCAAAGCUCUAGUUGAAGACACUUGCUCAUGGUGCUGUGCCAUGGACUGAUCCCAAAACCAUGUAGUUGUAAAACAAACUCCUUAACUGCAAAGCCAUACCUGCACACACAUAUAUAUAUAUAUGUGUAUAUGUAUAUAUGUAGGUACGUUUGUAUGUAAACAUAUGUAUUUAUGUGUGCAUGUGUAUAUGUUGGUAUAUUUAUAGGUAUGUGUAUUUAUUCUUUUGCUUGUUUCAGUCAUUGAACUGUAACUGUACUUGAGCAUCUCUUCAAAGGGUUCAGUCUAAGCCUGGUGUGUUUUCUGUCAGCUUCUUUCUGUCAAAUUUUUAUUAUGACAUAAGCAAACACUGGUUAUCAAGUGGUGAGAAACAAACAUGCACACAUACACACACAUAUGAUGAGCUUCCAUAAUUUCUAUCUACUUGUAAAGUAUUGGUUGACCUGAGACCCCUGUAAAAGAAGAAAACUUCUAAACACAUAGCCAUACCUUUGUGUGAUUAAGAAUUGAGGCUGUAUUUCUGGGUUCAGUUGAACCAUGAAAAAAGAAGAUUUCUUAACCUUACACCCAUGCCCACACCUAAGUUUUGUGAAGAUAGUCUAUAAACAAACUUAGCAUUCAAAGCAUGAAGUAAAAGAUAAUCAUGCAGAUAUUAACUUUUAAUGCUCAUUUUUUCUGAAUUACUAUAGUAAAAAAUAGACAAAAUAUUGGAAUGAAUUAGGUCAAUCAGGUCUCUCAUAAUAUAAUACAUGAAAAAAUUAUGUAAAUACUGUAUUUUAUACAUGGAGUCUUAGCAUGCAAAAAUUGAUAUAAAAGGAAUUUGAGCAAAACUAUAAUUGUUAUGUCUAGCCAGUCAUGAUACAAUGAUGUAUGGCAAAUUAGGGGUAACUACUGUCUAAUGUGUAUGAAAAAUGAAUUUGACUUCAACGAACUAAUACUGUAUUACCUUAAGGUGAAUGAAAACAUUAAGUUUGCUCUGGCAUUUACCAUAUAGCAUUUAAUCUAGCUCUCUAUUGUUUACACUAACUAUACCAUCCUUAUGCAUCAGUUGUUAAAAGUAAAAAGAUAUACACUUAUCUAUUCUAGAUAUUGUAUCUUAUAUAUAUAUAUAUAUGUGUGUGUGUGUGUGUAUAUAUAUAUAUAAUAAGGAGAAUGAAGAAUUUGAACAUUCAAACUUUAUGUUCAUUUCCAGUUAGCUUAUUCAUAAUAAUUGUCUGACACGUGUUUCAAUUGUACUAAUUGCAUAUUGUUGUAUAUUUAUAUUCAGCAACAUAUACACACACUCACACAGAGUCUGAAGUCACAUUGAUGUGACCCAACAAUGUCAAAAUCACAACUACUCAGUUGCUAAACUCACAAGGAUUUUGUAUUAUUGCUAUUUCAAAAUAAUUUUUAAAUCUCUUAUAUCCUCUGUGGUGUGUUACAUAUUUUUUUCAUUUUUACAAAUAUUGCAACUCCAAGGAUUUAAAGACAUUGAGUCAGAUAAUGAUUGAUGAUUAUUGAAGUAAGAAAAAAAGAUAUACUGAUCUUAUGUGAGUUACAUGCACUACUGAUAUUGAUAUCGUCAUUGGAAAAUGUUUAACUAUAAUAUAAUUUAAUUCAGCUCCCUUGUAAAUUUUCAAUCUCUGUACAGUAAACCACCAAACUAUGAGUCAAAGAGGGAAACCUCUAUACUAUUCCUAGAAAAAGCAGUCAAAUUUCCUUUAAAGAAAUUUCCUUUCAUCUUCUUGUUAACUUGCUACAAAUUGAUCAGAACCUGAUCACUGAUGAGAUUAUCCAUCUUCAAUUUACAAGAAUUAAUAAUAAUAAUAAUAAUAAUAAUAAUAAUGGUUUCACAUUUUGGUACAAUGACCAGAAAUUUGGGGGAGGAGAUAAGUUAAUUACAUCAACCCCAGUGCUCAGCUGGUAUUUAUUUUAUUGCCCUUGAAAGAGUGAGAGGCAAAGUCAACCUAGGUGGAACUUGAAAUCAGGACAUAAAGACAGAUGAAAUGUCAAACACAAUUAGAAGAUCAUGGCCUGUAAUAAACCAGAUUGACUUUAUUUAUUGAACAAUAUUUUAACAGCACAUCUGUUUUCCUCAGAUUCAAAAUGAGUCAAAAAUGAUAAAAGAUUAUGAUACACAAAUAUUCAGCUGGACUAUAUAUAUUAUGCUUCUUCCUAGACACAAAAAGACUUCAAGUUUCAUUUGUCUAUAACUGGUUUAACAAGAAAAAAGUAAAAAAAAAGGAAAGAGCUGUUAGGCAGAUGUUUUGUAUAAGUUUAAUGUAAUUCUGUAAUUUUGUUCAUCCCCUUAGAAUAUGAUACAAAUAACUCAUAAAUAUAUUUAUCUUCACAUGUUUUAAGGAUUGAAAGUUUGGUAGAGACAGAAUAUUUAAGAUGUUCAUUAAAGUUACAGUCAUUUGUAGUGACAUGCUCAGCAAGUUCCAUCGAAAUAGUGUUAUUGUUCCUGACAUUAUAUCUAUGCCCAUUAAAUUUGUUUUGUUUUUUUUUAAUGUUGUGCAGCCAACAAGAUUUUGAACUUGAGGAAGAGACAUAGUGUUGAAAUAUUGUUCUAAAAGCAUAGUAAAGCUGUAUUUUGUUACACCUCAUGCUCUUCUAAUUGUGUAUUUACUUUCAUAAAGAGUUAGAUGAAUUUUCAUAAAUAACAAUAAGAUGAGUACGAUGUGAUUUGUAAUAGAGAUUGUUUAUUUACCUUCAUGAAGAGUUACAUCAAUCUUUAUAAAUUAUCAAAAUCUAAAGAUGAUGAUAACAGUUUCAAAUUUUGGUAUAAGGCCAGUUAUUUUUACGGAAGGUAGUAAGUUGAUUACAUUGACCCCAGUGCUUAACUGGUACAUAUUUUAUCAAUCCCAAGAUGAAUGGCAAAGUCAACCUCAGUGGAAGCUGAACUCAGAAUGUAAAGUUAGAAGAGAAACCGCUAAGCAUUUUGUCCAGUGUGCUGAUUGUGCCUGUUCACUGCCAUGCUGAUAAUGAUAGUUUGAAUUCUGUGAAAUAUUUUCAUUAAAAAAAUCUCUUUCCAUCUACAAAGCAAUAUUAUGUUAAAUAGAUUCACGAUAACAUUUCUCCUCUUCAAUCCAUAAAUUCUUUUUACUAUCCAUUUUACCAUUCUGCCAUUAUCUCAUCUUAGAUUAUAAUAUAGUGAAGUGCCAGUUGUUUUCCAUAAUAACAUUGAUUUGUGUUUCUUAGCUGGUUCAAAUUGGUGUUUUACUGAUAAUUUUAGAGCAGAAACUGAAAAUUGAGAUUUAUUGUUGUGUGUUAGACUACUACAAGUCCUUGAAUUCUGGUGAUUAUUAUUGAUUAAUGAUAGUUAACUUUUCAUAUUACCUAAGACUUGUAUAUGAGCAACUGUCUUGAACAAAUUGUUUAUAUUUGCAUAUAGAUACAUACUUUAUGCUCCUCUAUCUGUUAUGAAUUAAAUUUUUUUUUUCAUUUCUGCCUAAAAAUGAUAGAAAAGUAAAAGGCAAAAAUUUUGGAAAUUUUUGCUCCAAUGUUAUAUUUCCUCCAUGCAGUUACUUUAACACUAGAAGUAUGGAUGAAUCUAAGUGUUUUAUUAUGUCUUACAAUUUAAAUGUUUUAUAUUGUCACUUCAUAUCAUACCAGAUAUUUUAUAUAUGAAUAAACUUUGUUUUAUAUUUCAUCAUUAUGUAUUUUAUAUUUCAUGAUUGUAAGAGCUUGUUUCAGUUUUUUACCUUAUAUAUCAACUUACUGCCCGAAUUUUACAGACUGUGAUAUGUCACCUUAAUUGCCUUAAAUUUUUUUCUAUUCUGGGUAUGGGGUGGGGGAGACAUUGAUUGAGAAACAAAAGUAGGAGGUAACAAUAAUUCAAAAAUGAAAGAAUAUUGAAAUAAAUUUCUAAUCAUAAGAAUUUGAUUUGAAAAUAUUUUCUAGUAUUACAAUUGUAUAACUGUACACUAAUGGGAUAGUAUGCAAAUGAAUACAUAAAACUGCGGGAGUCUAGAAAAAGUAUCUAUGUAUGAUAUUUAAAAGAAAGAAAUAGAAAAUAUAACAAAAUAUGAUAUAUUGUUGUACGUAAUUUGCUCGUGUGCAUAAGACCAACUAUUAAACUUAUAUUCGUAUCCAUUUUAGAAUUUAGAUGUCUGAAUCUACAUCUCAUCAUUGCAGGAGUAUGUCUCUCCUUUAUGAUUUAUUACAUAAAAUACUUCAAUUUAUUUUUAUUAAUUUAAAAGAGUGAAUAAUUUCAAGAUUUAAAGAAUUUUUAAAUGCGAAAAUAUUUCUGAAGUGACAAUUUAAACCAAUUAAAAACACGAUUUUUUUUUUUCCCAAAUGGGGCAACUGUUAUAAAUUCAUAAAUUUAAUAUUUUACUCGGUUUAGCAUGUGCAUAUGACUGUAAAUAUAUGUUGUUAACUGUAACUCCUUAAUUUGAACAAAAAAUGUUUUAUAAAAAUUGUCAAAAACUCUUUUAAUUCAAAUUACAAUAAAUGUAAACAAACAAAGUUUGCUUUUAGAAGCACUGAGAUGUAUUGAAACAAACUUUGUUUGUUUACGUUUAUCGUAAUUUGAAUUUAACAUACAGCAUCUUAUAAAGCUAGAUUUAUAAGUUCAAAAAUUGUGGAUUAACUUGUCAGCGAGAAGUUUAGCUUAAUGGUAAAGCACUUGACUGGUAAUCACAGGGAUGCGAGUUCAAGUCUCAUGGCUGACUGUUGACAAAUUUUUCUGCAAAAUAUGGAUAUUUUAUCCUGAUCCUGCUGUUCCAUCAGCAUUAUUCUGCAUUUGAGAAUAAAUUAUUUCCUUAUCUA